AUGUUCGGCAUGGAGCCUACUGAAGCUACGCCAGGUGGGCGUAUUGUUAAAGUUGGUAUCAUAGGGUGUGGUAUGGUUACGCAAGUCGUCCAUAUACCCUCUCUGAACUCAUUGUCCCAUAUUUUUCAGGUCACAUACCUUUGCGAUGUCUCUGAGGAAGCUAUGAAACAUAGCCAACUCAGAGUCGCAGGUAACUCUAGGCCUAAGUAUACCCGAAGCGUCGACGAACUCUGCAACGCGCCGGAAGUGGAACUAGUAUUGAUAGCAAAUAAUCAUGCUUUCCACGCAUCCGACGCAGUACUCGCACUGCAAGCAAACAAAUACGUCUUUAUCGAGAAGCCAAUUGCUUUGACUUUGCAAGAUACGGACCGUAUAAUAGCUGCGGAUAAGGCAGCAGGUGGUGCCAGAGUGUUCAUUGGUUACAUGAGGAGAUACUCUGCAGCUUUCAUCGACGCAGUCAAAGAGGUUGGAAGUAUUGGGCAAAUACGUUAUGCUCGCGUCCGCGAUAUCAUCGGGCCAAACUCUGUCUUUGUGGGGCAAUCCGGAACAUAUCCAAGGACAUUUAAUGACUAUAGUGAAGCGGAUUCCGAAGUGCUUCGUACGAAAACACUUGACGACAUGGAGCAGGCCCUCCAAAUUGAGCUUGGAAUCACUGUCACAAAGGAAACGAAUAUGAUGUGGGAAAUGCUCUCCAUCCUCGGCUCACAUGAUUUAAGUGCCAUGCGGGAAAUCAUGGGUAUGCCCAAAGGUGUCGUAGGAUUCUCACCUUGUGCAACUGUCGGGUCCCCAUUUUGGAGUGCAAUUUUCCAAUACCCCAACUUCGCGGUCGCAUACGAGUCCGGUGUCGAUCAGGUCGCAAGAUUCGAUGCCUCGAUAGAAAUUUUUGGCGACAAAAAGACUGUUAAGGUUUGCAUCGAUUCCCCAUUCAUCAAAGGCUUGCCAACAACGAUGGUGGUUAAGGAGACUUUACCGGAUGGGUCGUAUAGAGAAUCCAACACACGACGGACAUACGAAGAUCCUUUCAUGCUGGAGCUAAAAGAGGUAUACCAAUGGGUCGCAAAGGGAAAGAUUCCAAAGACCACUCCGUCUGAUGCUAGACAAGACCUCGAGAUCUUGGGGAUGCUUAUGAAAGCUGCGACGGCAUGA